UUUUUUGAUUCGUUUAGCUGCAAUGAAAUUUCAUGUAUUGAUAAGAGAAUUUUGUGUUGGGAAGCCCAUCAAGAGCAAAUGGAGAAACCAGUCAGGAAGAAAAUAUUGCACCAAUCAAUUCUGGUUUGUCCUGUUUUUUUCCAUUGUUUUAUUCUUUUUAUUGCUCUGUCUUCAUCAUCUGUUUUUCUUUGGGAGGAUGGAGGGGUUCGUUUAUUUCUCUAGCAGUGAUAGUUCAAAGUAUCGGUCAAUUUAUUUUACUAGAAAUUCAAUUGAUACUAAAACCUCAUUAGACGACUCAAAGAAGAAGAUUUCUAGUUCAGAUGGUCAUGAAAACACUAGCAGAAAGCUAGAGAAGAAUAAAGAUUUCUGCUCGGGUCGAUACAUUUAUAUUCAUGAUCUUCCUAAGCGAUUCAAUGAAGAUGUGCUCAAGAAUUGUCAGCUGCUGACCAGGGCUACUGAUAAAUCCAGUAUGUGUACAUAUAUUGAAAACUCUGGUUUAGGUCCUCAGAUUGAAAGUUCUGAUGCUUUGGAUUUAUGGAAGAACAGUUGGUUUUCGACGAACCAAUUCUUGCUAGAGUUUAUUUUCCAUAACAGAAUGAAGAAAUACAAGUGCUUAACCAAUGAUUCCUCGAUCGCCUCUGCUAUUUUUGUGCCAUACUAUGCUGGUCUGGAUCUUCGUCGUUAUCUAUGGGGAUUCAAUACCUCUAUGAGAGAUUCAUCAGGUCUUGAUUUGGUUAAAUGGCUUGCAGGAAAACCCGAAUGGAAAAGCAUGUGGGGUAAGGAUCAUUUCUUAAUUUCGGGGAGGAUUGCUCGGGAUUUCAGGAGACAAUCAAACAGGAAGUCUGACUGGGGUAGCAAGUUCAGGUUCCUGCCGGGGUCUGAGAACAUGUCAAUGUUAACAAUCGAAUCAGGGUCCUGGAAAAAUGACUUUGCUGUACCAUAUCCUACAUACUUCCAUCCUUCAACAGAUAACGAGGUUUUUCAAUGGCAGGAACUAAUGAGAAGACAAAACCGGCCUUACUUGUUCUCUUUUGCCGGUGCCCCAAGAUCAAGACAGAAAGGUUCGAUAAGGAGUGAGAUUAUCGGCCAAUGCCAAGCUUCAAAGAAGUUAUGCAAUUUACUAGACUGUGAUUCUGUUGGGCACAAAUGUGAUGAUCCAGUAAAUUUGAUGAAGCUGUUUCAAAGCUCAAUCUUUUGCUUGCAACCUCCAGGGGAUUCACUGACCAGAAGGUCAACUUUUGAUUCCAUUUUGGCUGGUUGUAUUCCAGUCUUCUUCCAUCCAGGGAGUGCUUAUUCACAAUAUGUAUGGCAUUUACCAAAGAACUACACCAAGUAUUCUGUGUUUAUAUCACCGAAGAAUUUGAGACUAGGAAAAGUUAGCAUCAACCAGACAUUGCUUGGAGUUUCGAAGGAUGAAGAAUUAGCAAUGAGAGAAGAGGUCAUAAGAUUGAUUCCAAGGAUUAUUUAUGCCAAUCCCCGGUCUAGAUUGGAGAGUAUUGAAGAUGCAUUUGAUUUAGCAAUCAAGGGAAUUCUGAAGAGAAUAGAGACAUUUAGGAAAUUGAUCAUUAGUUAAGGGGAAGUGGUCUCGGAUUAGAAUUUAGAAGCUGAUUUGUAGAUUCCCAAAGUUUUAAACAAGCAGGUGAGGAAUUUUUUUUAUUGUAAACCCACUUGGAAAUAGAUGGUCAAUAAUAAUUUUCCGAGGUAUUGUCACACAAUUUGCAUAUGUAGCAAUUUACUUUGGCAUACGACUGCCACCAUUUGUGCUAA